GGCACAUCCACGCGGAAGGGACAGGAAGGGAGCCAUGGGCACGGCCAGCGAGAGGGGAACCGCCACGCCGGAUCCACGCAGAUGAUGCAGCGCUCGUGACGAGAGCGGCCCGGCCGCCCCGCUGGUGCUCGAAGGUUUUUCCUUCCACCGGUUCAGUUGCUCGGGACGCUCCAGUGCUGUGAGUUGGCAACAUGCACCCGAGAGCAAAGUCACAGAGCUGCGAGAACUACCUGAGUAUUAAGGACUCCAAAUCCCUAGACAGCUGCAUCCAAAGCACCCUCUCGUCCCUGUACCCACCGUUCAGUGCCACUGCCGCCACUGUCCUGUGGCAGCUCUUCAGUGUGGUCGAGCGACAGUACCGUGGAGACGGCCUGCGCUGCCUGGUGGACUUCCUGUUGCCUGCCAAAAGGGUCCUGCAGACCAUCCAGCAGGAGACAUCUCUACGAUUCAAAGGUCUGCUGUUCUACCACGAGGGCUGGCCACUCUGCAUCCACGAGAAGGUGGUCCUGCAACUUGCCCCACUGCACAAGGUCCGACUGAGGCAGGGUGACUUCUACCUCCAGGUGGUUCCCCUGGGCCGCAAGGCGGUCAAGCUGGUGAUAAAAUGCCUGUCGCCAAGCGGGCAGGCCAUUGUCGAGAUCCCUGUGGCGGAGAGCAUGUAUGGUAGUAUCUUCGCUGCCGACUUCCUGCAGAAUGUGACGCGCGACCGCAAUCUGCACCCACUGCAAAACUGCCUGCUGAGCACUGGAGCAGUUGUUUACCGCACGCCGUGGAAGAACGUGGUCAACCCGCUGUUGGUCAGCAGCACCACCGACGCUGUCAUGCAGGCGCGUCGCGGCGGCUCCUUCCGGGCCCAUCUCAGCACCUGCAGCACUAGUGGCUCCACAGGGACCCUGGAUAGCCACCGCAGCUCCCGAGAGUCCCUUCACUCGCAGGGCGCCGAGUCGACAGUCUCCGAGCCUGGGCCGCCCAGGGGCCUCAUGGGGACAGCUCUGCCACCGAGGCCCAGGGAGCAUCAGCCCCACAACCCAGAGCGCAAGGCUGUUACCACUAAACCUGGUUUGUCGCCUUUGGCCACCGUGGGGAAAGCACAAGAUGGGGAAUCUGGGGGCCCCAGGUCACUCUCCAUUGGCACGGACCUCAGUAACCCGGGCCCCCGCCGUCGCCAUCCCCGGGACUCCGCAGCCUUCGAGACACGGCGGCUGUUCCGCAAGUCCUACAUGGAGGCCCUGCAGAACCCCAUGAACCUGGGCUCCAGCUCCGAGUCGAUCCUGGAGGAAGGCUCGGAGCAGAGCUCACCCCCCACUCCCAAAGAGGACAGCGUGUCGCUGACCAGCGGCGCCUCAGACACCCGCAGCCCCAGAAGGACGACCCCCAAGGGGUGGCUGGGAGGGGAGGAGCCCCAAUCUCACUCGUCCAUCCUCUCCAUUCAGCGAGGGCUCAAAACCCCAGAACUAAGUAGGUCAGAGAGGCGGGCCAAAUCUCUGGAGCGGACAAACAAGGCCUCGCAGGUCAAAGGUCACAGGGCACGCUCAUCUUCUGGGGGCUCUGAUAGCAGCCCUCUGAAGAAGAGCAUGAAUGGCUAUGCCCUCAAAUUCAGGAAGCUGGAUUUGGAAACAGCAUUUCAAGCUGCGGAGAGGAGGAGUUUCAUCAAGGAUGAUUCAGGGCUUCAUGGGUCCGGCUCCGACACGGAGCGCAGACGCAACAGCCACAGCGGAGAAGUGCCCCAAUCUCCUAAACCCACCAGUGCGACCCCCAAACAGCAGUUUGGGAUUCCGCCAGCGCCCCCUACUGACUGCGUCCUUCCUCGACUCGUGUCGGAGGUCAACCAGGAGUUACUGCUUUCAGGGGCCGUCAUCCUGCCAGGAAACAGGGACCGCAGUGGGCGGGCGGUGCUACAGGUGUGCACUCGGAACUCGGUGUGGAGUAGCGAGAGCUUUACGGCCAAAGACCUCACCUGCCUCUUUGGCUACUACUACACCACCCUUCGGAAGGAGAAGAGGGAUCAGGGCAUCAUCAUGCUGAUGGACACGCGCCGACAGCAACCGAGCCAACUUCUGCUCGCAUCCUUAUCCGAACUCCAGGCUUUCCUGCCUAAUGCACUUUAUUCAGUACUGUGGCUUGUGGACAAGGACAACGCAUCAAGGCCUGACUUGAGAGACUUUACAGUCCAGUGUGAGCUCCUCACCUCCCUGAAGGCUCUGCAGAAGCAUGUGGAUGCAAGCCAUCUCACUCGGGACCUGGAGGGCAGCUUCGCCUAUGACCACAACCACUGGGUACAGUUCAGAAGGAAAAUCGAACCCUUCGCCAGCAGCUGCAGGUCAGCUGUUUCCUCUCUUCAGAGCUCCAUUGCCACUCUCAGCUCUGGUGGCAAACUACACACUGCCAAGGAUGUGGAGGAGGUCAUUGACCAACAGAAGCGGCUGAUGAAGAGUGUGUUGGAUGACACGCAUCUGAUCCAACUCAGGCUGGAGGGCGGGACUGUUUUAGCUCGGAUCCGGAAAGAGGAGGCUUGUGAAAAUGACGGUUAUAGGGAUGCGGUUGACUUGGUGAGUGUGCUGUACAACCAGGUCGAUGAGGAAGUCCACAAACUUGUGAUACUCUCAAACAAGUCAUUGAAAAGGCUGGAGAACCUCCUGGAAACACGUAGAUUUGAAGAGGGGAGUGCUCAAAUCAAGCUGUGGUUCAGCGUUGAGGGGGAGAAAUACCUCAUUUCUCUGGACUCCAUGAACAUGUCUUUGAGGAAUCUCAAACAGCUGAAGCUAAAAAUGGGCUCCUUCUUCAAUGAGGCAGCACAACAUCAGAAGCGGGGUUUACAGCUCAUCCGGGAAUCAAAGAUGAUCCCCAGCGCCACUUUGUCUGACUUCAAGCAGUACCUCAGCUCUGUCCUUGCUCGCACUGAGCGGCGAAAAGCAGAGCUUGACCUUCUGCUCAACCUGUAUGAGUUCUACGACUCAGCUGAUCAGUGGAUGGAGCACUGCCAGGAUUACUUACAGAGUUUGAGCACGGACAACAGCAACUCCCCUUUCACCCCAGCAGUGGUACAGGUUCUCCAGGACUAUCAUCAUGAAGCCACCAAGUUCUCACCAGAGAACUUCAGUUCCCUAAACGAGAUGGUGCUGAACCUGAGCAGUGCACGGGAGCUCAAGCAGUGGAAUGACCUCUGGCACAAAUGCCAGGAGACCCGGGAAGAGCUGGAGGAAGCACUGGCCAGGGCUCAGGUGGCCUUGGAAGCUCCUGAGCCAGUGGAAGCAAGAGUCCCAUCUAAAGGGUCCUCCUGCCUGCUCUCUGACAUUACACCUCCUGAUCCCCGGGCAGGACUUUCCCUCGACAGUGAGGAUGCAAGGACCCGCACUCCCAGCCCCUUUUGCAGGGGCCCACCUGCAUUCCCGAUUGCACCCCCUCCUGGCUCACCCAAGAGUGAGGGGCCGAGUCGCCGCCCAUCACUGUUCGAUGACACGGACAGCGACUGCACUAUCGACUCCUUUGCCUCCUGCCAGUCAGAGCCGGCCUUCUCCCCAGCCACGAGACACCGCAAGCAGCCACUGAAGAAGAUCAUGAAGAAGACAAUGAGCUAUGAACUGUCCACCCGGGAAGCUGGCCACACUGAAGUUAGCCUGCAUGGAUAUACAGGUGUCUAUAUCAAAGGGUUGGAAGUGGCCAACAACGUGUGUGUGGAGAAGAAGUACCAGCGGCCUGACAUCAAGAGCCCAGGGUUGGGUCGCAGCCGUAGUAUGUCCUCCCCUGCUGGGGUGAACUGCAGACACAUGGAGGAGGACAAGAAGCAGAGCAAUAAAGUCCAGCAUAUCAUGGAUGAGAUGAUUGCCACCGAGAGGGAAUACGUACGAUCCCUCACCUAUAUCAUCGAGAACUAUUUCCCGGAGAUGGAGCGGGCCGACCUGCCGCAGGACCUGCGUGGGAAGCGUAGCAUCAUCUUUGGAAAUUUGGAGAAGCUGUGUGACUUCCAUGGCCAGUACUUCCUGAAGGAGCUGGAGCGCUGUGCUCAUGCCCCUCUUUCAGUCAGCAGCUGCUUCCUGCAUUAUGAGGAUCAGUUUGGGAUGUACGCUCUCUACAGCAAAAACAAGCCCCAGUCUGAUGCACUCCUAACUAGCCAUGGCAAUGGGUUUUUCAAGAAUAAGCAGGUGGAGCUGGGGGAUAAGAUGGACCUGGCCUCUUACCUGCUGAAGCCCAUCCAGCGCAUGAGCAAGUAUGCUCUGCUCCUGAAGGACCUCAUCAAGGAGUGUAGCCACUCGCAGGAACAGGAGCUGAGUGAUCUCCGCACGGCUGAGGAGAUGGUCAAAUUCCAGCUCCGCCAUGGCAAUGACUUGCUGGCUAUGGAUGCUAUUCGUGGAUGUGAUGUAAACCUGAAAGAGCAGGGUCAGCUCCGGUGUCAGGAUGAGUUCGUCGUCUGGUGUGGACGCAGGAAGUACCUCCGUCAUGUCUUUUUAUUUGAGGACCUCAUCCUCUUCAGCAAAACUAAGAAGAUUGAUGGGGGUUAUGACAUUUACAUCUACAAGCAGUCCUACAAGACAGCAGAGAUCGGCAUGACAGAGAAUGUUGGAGACAGUGGGCUGCGGUUCGAGAUCUGGUUCCGGCGCAGGAAGUCCCAGGACACUUUCAUCCUCCAGGCCAGCUCGGUCGAGGUGAAGGCUGCUUGGACCUCCAUCAUUGGCAAGAUCCUGUGGAGACAAGCUCUGCGCAACCGAGAGCUACGGAUGCAGGAAAUGGUGUCCAUGGGGAUUGGCAACAAACCCUUCAUGGAUAUCAAACCCAGUGAAGCAGCCAUCAGUGACCGGGCCAUUGACUACACCAUGAAGGGAUCAGCAGAGUCCAAAAGCAUGGCCUCCAUCACAGCAUCAUCCUUUGACCACUCUGCACCCUUCAAGAGGCCUCAUUCCACCAUCUCCAAUAGCAGCACCUCUUCCUCCAGCAGUCACUCCUCAUCCUCGCUGCUGGGCUCCCUCAACCUGCACCUGUACCCCUCACCUGCCCACUCACUCCCGGGGGGUGCCUCCUUUGGACACUGGCCUUACGACUGCAUUGAGGAGGAUGAGCUGGAGCAGGACAGUGGCAGGCAACCAUCCAUGAUCACAGAAAGCUCAGAGACGUCCUCCCAGUGCACGUCCAGCGACAGCGUGGGCGGACUCAAUGGCCUUACACUCCCUCCUAGCGCUGCCAUCGCCAUGGACACAUUCUCCAGCGAUGUGGCUUCCCCCCUGCACUCGUCCCCUUUCUCCUCCUCAUCAUCCCCGCCAUCGCCGGCACCCCCGCCAGUUCUCUUCCAGAAGGACCAGGACCUCCAGUCGCAGGGCAGCAGCUUCAUCACAGCAAGCAAGACAUCUCAUAUAACAAUAGGCCUCUCAACAGUGGUCUGACUCAAAGAGUUUAGCUCACUAUGAACCUUGUGGAAGGAAUCCUCGGACACAGCAUGACCAGAUACCGAAUCGAAGACACAAAAAUCAUAAAGACACAGAAUGGGAAUAAUCUGUGGAUGCUGCUCUGGGCAGAUCUUACUGGUUUGGACUGAGCUACUGAAAAGCACUAAAACCCCACACCAUCAGGCGUGGGAUUUGAUGCCAUUUGAUCAGGAACUCUUUUGGGCAUAUAUUAUAAUUAUGUAUUGUGUAUGUAAAUGUUAAAAAUCUAAUGUCUAUGCAGUACUAAAAAAAGAAAGAAGUGCUGGUACGUUUAUGCGAUGUACAUUUGAUUUAGUCAACUAGAGCUGUACUACUGUUCAUAUGUAGAUGAGCUUGCUUUAUUUUGUUUACAAAGAAUAGACAAACUCCUGCAUGAACUGCAUUCUCUAUUUAGUCACAGCUCUGCAGUUCACUCAAUGAAAUGAAAAUAUCUUGUCUGUCUUGUAUAAUAUUUUUUAACAGUAGUAAAUGCAUUGCUUGUCUGUACAUAGUAUUAAACAUUAUUAAAUGGAA